GGUACUACUACUUUGCACGUGCAUUCCACACUCUGCCCGUCAUGAAGCCCACAGCACAAGAAGAGAUCGACGACGAUCUCGCGGCUGAGGAAGAGAACAAGCUUAUCAACGAGGAGUACAAAACCUGGAAGAAGAAUGCGCCUUACCUUUAUGACCUUGUCAUCACCCAUGCCCUUGACUGGCCCAGCUUGACUUGCCAAUGGUUCCCGGACCGAGAAUCCCCUGCGGACAAGCCAUUCACCACCCAUCGACUUCUUCUUGGAACACAUACCUCGGGACAAGCACAAGACUACCUUCAAAUUGCGACCGUCCAGAUUCCCAAACGCGAUGGCCCCUCCUCCGAUAAACUUGACCGCUCCAAUUACGACGACGAGCGCGGCGAGCUUGGAGGUCACACCAUUCCGGCGCAGCCACGCAUCCAGAUCAUCCAGAAAAUCAACCACGAUGGCGAAAUUAACCGCGCGAGGUACAUGUGGCAAAACCCAGAUCUGCUUGCGACCAAAGCCGUCUCUGGGGAGGUGCUCGUGUUUGAUAGGACAAAACAUUCAUCGGAGCCUGAGCGGGGAGGCGUGUGCAAACCUGACAUCAGGCUCGUCGGUCAAACCAAGGAAGGCUACGGCCUGGCAUGGAGCCCAACAAAAAGUGGGCAAAUUCUUGGUGCCUCUGAGGACAUGACCAUCUGCCACUGGGAUAUUACAUCGUAUACCAAGGCAAAAUCUACUAUUGAACCCACAACCGUCUUCCGAGGCCACACCUCCGUAGUAGGCGAUGUGGACUGGCAUGCAACGAAGGAGAAUGUCUUUGCAAGCGUUGGUGAUGACAAGAUGCUUCUCAUCUGGGAUACCCGCUCAGCCCAGGACGCUAUGACGAAAGUGCAAGCGCAUGAUCGGGAAAUCCUCUCUUGUGCGUUUAGCCCAGCCAGCGAGCAUCUUCUUGUUACAGGUAGCGCAGACAAGACCAUUAUUCUUCAUGACCUACGGAACCCGACGAAAAAGCUACAUACAUUCGAAGCACACACGGACGAAGUGCUUCACCUCGCAUGGUCUCCGCAUAAUGCCACUAUCUUCGCCUCUGCAUCCAGCGACCGACGUGUUAACAUCUGGGAUCUGUCACAGAUUGGUGUAGAGCAGACUCCGGACGAUCAGGAAGACGGACCACCAGAGCUUCUUUUCAUUCACGGAGGCCACACUGCGCGUCCCACCGACUUCUGCUGGGCACCAGGGGAACCCGAGAACUGGACGGCAUCCACGACAUCGGAAGACAACAUUGUUAUGAUCUGGCAGCCGACCAUGCGCAUCUGGGCUGGUGACGAGAUCAAGGUCGACGAGAAGGAACUCGAAGAGGAUGCCAUGGAAGGUGUCGAGAGUUCAAAGGACGAAGGCCCAUCCGGCUCCGGAAGCGGGCAAACGACCAAGGCAGGGAGCCAGACAGGUAACCGUAGCCAAAGCAUGAGCAUCAGUGCGACUGGCAGCACUGCUGGUGAAGACUAGAAUCUGAUCCCUAGCCAGACCUGUUACUGACUUGGUGAUACAAUGGAAUAUUAUUGAUGAAAUGAAAGCCAUAGAU